GUGAAGCCCUCGUUAUUUCCGGUAACUGCUCGUGUCAUAAUUAGUAUUACACAAGAUAUUUGGUGUCGAUAGUUAUAUAUGAGGAUACUUUAACAUAAGUGGUGAUGAUUUUGACAUCCCGCCAGUAAUGUCCUAAUCUGCCGAUUCUGGGAAAAUGCGACAAACCCCCUAAAUUUCCCCUGGUCCGGGAUUUUUACUGAAAUUUCAGCUUAUUUCGGGGAGAACCUCAAAAUAUUUUGAGAAGUUUCGGGGAAAAACCCCAAAAUAUAGAUGUCGGGGUCUUGAUUAGUAUACUACUGAGGUUAAAUCACUUCUCGCAUAGGUGUUUUAUUCAUUUUUAAGCAUGUCAAUGUAUGUCUUUUGAUCAUGUUUGUUGGAACAAGCGCGUUUUAGCCGAAUAGGGUUCCGUCGACGGCUUUUCUAAAAUGUCAAUCAACACUAGAAAGGGUUCAUUUACUUAACUUGCUCUUAUGUGGUAUAUUUAAGUCAGCAUAAAUCCAGGUUAAGACCAGCUGUAGGGUUUUUGGCUUUUCUGGUUCCAUCUAGGUUUGAUGUGCCUCUGGCACAAAAUAUGUAUACUGAUUAGUAUUUUUGCUUAGAUCACUAUAACCAUCUUUUAGCUGAUUAUUUUAUCGUAUACGUGACUUGUUGUAACGUCAGCAUGACACUUUCAACCUGAGGCAGUGUGCCUGAUUUGUUAAUAUGAUUCUGUUUUACACUAGUGUAGCAACUACCUUUCAUAAGUAGUGAUCGUUUUCAGUAGAGAUACACACAUUAUAAGCUUUAGCUCUUCUGAUAAGAUGCGUUAAGUCCAAUAGUCUGCAAAUCAGAGCUACCAUAUCGCAAUCCUUUUCCGAUACAUGUAUUCGUAGUUUUGUUUCUCCUGGUAGACUACUUGGUCUGUAUGUAAGUAUUGCAGUUAAUUCAGGUUGUACAUUAUGUAUCUAUAAUUUUUUUAAUUAAAAAUUUGUUAUAUGUCUCUGGCUGUCAGAUCGCUAUCAUUCAGUUUGAUAAUGUAGAGUAUAAUAUUUGCUGAAGGAAAAACCAGCUUAUCUGAUAGUGGCAGUUCAUUUUAAGUAGUAUCAUUUUAAAGUCAAUAUAUGUGGUGACAGUUUUUUGGUUGUACAUGAUAGUAUUUUCAGAUAAGGCCGUUAUAAGAUGUCGCUGCGUUUAGUGGAAUGUAAAAUGAUUUUAUUGAGUCAAAAUAAUGGUCACUUUUUGAUAUUUAUGAAUCACUUUAAAAGGUGGAUGCUGUGGAGCUGCGAAAGUGCGUACAAUAAUUGGUGGGUGGGGUUGGGCUUGGUGGCUUGUCACUGAGGUUCAAAAAAUUUCUCUAGGAGUUAUGACUCUAAAUCCAGUCUGCGAGAACGUGGAAACAUCAGAAGGUGUUCCUUUAACUGUGACAGGCGUGGCACAAGUCAAGGUGAUGCGGGAUGACAAACUGCUUGAGGCAGCAUGUCAACAAUUUUUAGGGAAAAAACAACGAGAUAUUCAAAACACUAUACUUCAAACGAUGGAAGGACAUUUAAGAGCCAUACUUGGCACCUUGACAGUGGAAGCUAUCUAUCGUGAUCGCGAUCAGUUUGCUGCUCUUGUUCGAGAGGUGGCGGCACCAGAUGUAGGACGAAUGGGAAUUGAGAUAUUAAGUUUUACCAUAAAAGAUGUCUAUGAUCGUGUGGAAUACUUAAAUUCUCUGGGACGUGCACAAACAGCGAACGUCAAAAGAGAUGCUGACAUCGGAGUUGCUGAAGCAGAACGUGAUGCUGGAAUCAAGGAAGCAGAAUGUGAUCGUAGUCGUUUGGACGUUCGUUAUUCAGCCGAUACGCAUAUUGCUAAUUCAAGUCGUGAAUUUCAAUUGAGGAAGGCUAGUUUUGAUCAAGAGGUUAAUACAGCUCGUGCAGAAUCUGAAUUGGCCUAUAAAUUACAGGCUGCUAAAGAGAGACAAAAAAUUCGAAAAGAAGAAGUGAACAUUAAUAUUGUUGAACGUCGUAAACAAAUUGAAAUAGAAGAAAAAGGCAUAUUAUGUACUGAAAAGAAUAUGGAUGCUACUGUACGACGUCCAGCUGAAGCAGAAGCCUAUAGACUACAACAAAUAGCUGAGGGUUAUAGAUCACAAAAAAUUCUUUUAGCUCAAGCUGAAGCCGAUGGUAUUCGUCUUAAAGGUAUUGCUAAAGCUGAAGCUAUGGAAGCUGUUGGACGGGCAGAAGCUGAGAGAAUGCGUUUGAGGGCUGAAGCUUAUAGUAAAUACGGUGAUGCUGCUAUUCUAAAUCUCAUAUUGGAUACAUUACCGCAAAUAGCUGCUGAAGUUGCUGCUCCACUGAGCAAAACUAAAGAAAUUGUUAUUAUGAAUGGUUCUAAUGGCGAACCGGCUACUUUACAAAGUCUCACUAAUCUGGGCAAAGAUUUUACUACAUUAGUUGGGACUGUUCCACAUGCUAUUCGAGCUCUAACAAAUGUUGAUCUUAGUCAGACUAUUUCCAAGAUUCCAGGAGCUAAAGUUGUCCCACCGCAAGGGAUAUGAGAUUGUGUAAAAUAUACGAAUCAAGCAUCGAAUAUACUUAUGUUUUUGAAUUCAUUUUCAUAAAAAUGACCUAUCCUAGUAUGUUCUCUUUUAAAUACAGUGCACCUCCCAACAGAUUUUUUCCUGCGAACUAUUAUAUGUGAUAUACAAGAUAAAUUAACUUUACUGCUUUUCGUUCGAUUUCGGCAUUUCUACUUUCUUUUCCAACACUGAUUUAAUGUCUCUUUCCAUAAUUUAUCAGUAACCUUGUCUAUAAUAGUUCCUUUGAUAAAACAAUUCCCUGUUUCGCUUUAAUUUCAAUUAGUGUUGUACAUUUAACAAUUUUCUAAUGGUAAUUCUUACUUAUUCUACAUAGAGAAGUUGCGUAUUUGUAAAACUGAUUUUUUAAUUGUGUUUCUAUAUUGAUAAUUUUGGUCUAGAAAACCACCAUUGUUUCAUUCUGUUGUUCUUUUUGUUCUUCCUACUUUGUGAAUUUGGUUUGAAACCAUUUAAAUUUUGUGAUCUACACUUUCUUUUAAAAAAAUUCAGAAAACCAGUCUGUCAUUAACUCUACCAUAGAUGUGACAGUACUUGAUAUUCGUGCAAUAAAUAAGGGAUGUUAAAUAA